GUAUGCGUUUACGUCACUUCCUGGAAGUGAAACAGUCGCAACGCGGAAGUGUCGGGAAGAAAACAAAUAAUCGUUUAAAUUCGCAUCGAGUUGAAGUCGGAGAAGACGCCCUGAUCACUGUUUACCGUCUGAAUUACCGUCUUCUUACCGACGAGCCCGGUUCACGAUGGACAAAUUAUUCGGUAGAAGAAAGACUCCAGAGGAGAUGCUGAGGCAGAACCAGAGGGCGCUCAACCGGGCCAUGAGAGAUCUGGACCGAGAGCGCUCAAAGCUGGAGCAGCAGGAGAAGAAGAUCAUCGCUGACAUCAAGAAAAUGGCCAAACAGGGACAAAUGGACGCUGUGAAGAUCAUGGCCAAGGAUUUGGUCCGCACGAGGCGCUACGUCAAGAAGUUCAUCAUGAUGAGAGCCAACAUUCAGGCCGUCAGUCUAAAGAUCCAGACGCUCAAAUCCAACAACAGCAUGGCGCAGGCUAUGAAAGGAGUCACCAAAGCUAUGGCCACCAUGAACAGACAGCUGAAACUGCCUCAGAUUCAGAAGAUCAUGAUGGAGUUUGAGAAACAGAGUGAAAUCAUGGAAAUGAAGGAAGAGAUGAUGAAUGACGCCAUCGACGACGCCAUGGGAGACGAAGAUGAUGAGGAGGAGAGUGACGCCAUCGUCUCCCAAGUGCUGGACGAGCUGGGUCUGAAUCUGUCCGACGAGCUCUCAGGUCUUCCGAGCACCGGAGGAAGCCUGUCGGUGGCCGCGGGAAAGAAGGCGGAGCCCCAAGCCGCUCUGGCCGACGCCGACGCCGACCUGGAGCAGCGCCUGAACAACCUCCGAAGAGACUGAAGCCGAUGUGUGGCGACAGCGUGAAAGAUGCAAAACAUACUCCAAUCUUUGUGUCUAGAUUCUUUUGGAGCGCUAAGCUGCCUCAGCAGACAGGCUGGGUUCUAAAAGGUGUAUGGCUUUCUGUUCCAGGUGUUGUUUUCCAUUUAAUGCGUGUAAUAUGUAUUUGAUCAAAGAAAAAGAAGUCAUCAGCCUUCAUAGGUCCAGCAGAUUCUUGUCUCAUUUAAGAUUUUGCCAAGUGACAAAUGGAGGGAAAGUGAACAUUUAUUUCACUGUCUGUGUAAAUACUAACUCCUCAAGGCAUGACGAUUUCACAGAUUAACACUAAUUAUUACAAUUAGGAACCCAAAUGAGAGCUGGUGAUAUUACAGAGGGUGAAAUUUUAUAUGGUUGGAGUCUAGAAAUGUCAGGGUUUUUGUACACGAGGAGGGUUUGGUGUUCUUUGUAUCAUUGCCACCAUAAAAAUGACAUUUUUAGCGCCCCUGAUGAGAGGAUUUUGAUUAUUUUUGUGGGAGGUGACAGCUUAUUUGGCAAAGAAAGGUUUGUUCAGCUGCAGUGGAAAGGGAGAGAUCAGCAUUUUACACCAAAAUAAGGAAUCAGUGGUGUUUGUUUUUCAGAAACUGUCCUGUUUGUUUUGUUUCUUUAUUCAAUAAACAUUUUUUUCCAGAUUUAAAUUA